UUUAUAUUUAUGUGAAUAUGUAUGAAUAUUCCGAGUUAUAUAAAACUGUAAAGUACGUUAUAUAAGUGCUUGGUACAAUUUAUGAAACCUGUUAUAUCGAAACCGUAUUUAUAAGUAUCGCGUUAUACGAGAGUUAUAUAUAAAAUAAACGUCAUAAAUCAUUCGUAGAAAUAAAGAUAGUUCGCGAGUAUAAAUUAUAUUGCACGAGUGAUAUCGAGUCUUAUUGUCAAUUUUAUAUUUGAAGUACUUAGUUCCAAAUCGUCAUGUCUCGCAUUUCGAUGAUUAUUUUUGUACUAGCUCUUUGCCUCGCAUCCAUCGUCUACACAUCCGCUUGUGGAUCCAAUGCGAUUUAUACUGAUUGUGCGAGUCCCUGUGCGCUAACUUGUAAAAACUACCAGAAUCCACCUAAACUCUGUCCUCGUAUUUGUAUAAAAGGGUGUAAAUGCAUAAAUGGAUACAUAUUUAACAACAACAGUGAUUGUGUUUUACCUAGUGAAUGUUAAUAUUCCAUAGAAAUGUUUAAUUUAAUCGAAUUGAAAGGCACGCAUAUGUACUUCACAUACACACAAUAAUAAAAUAUGAUUAUAGCAUA